GGAGAGCGACACAUGCAUGAGUGACCAUCCGGAGAAGCCUUCCCAACUCAGCCAUCAUCAUCCGCGUCAGUGAACGAUGGCCGCCGAAAAGGAGAUGCAGGCCCACGACAUGGUCCGCCGACGGAGCUGGGCCCGGGCCGUCGCUCUCUACGACCAGCUCAUCACCCCCACACCGGGAGGAUCGAGUGCCCAAGGAGGAUCGGCAACUGGGUCCAGUGCCGGCGGCCUGGGAACGGGGACGCGGGCGCAAAAAGACCAACAGAUCGCCUGCCUACUGGGACGCUGUGAAUGCCUCCUGGAGAUGGGGAAGUUCGAGGGCUGCUUGGCUGACGCCUACAAGGUGCUGACCCUUCUCUCCGAGCAGACUGAGUGCCUGGCCAGUGUCUCCCGAGCACGCCGCUGGCUCGUCCACGCCCUCUUCAAGAUGCACAAAUACGGGGAUGCUGAGAUCUUCCUUAGCAAGUGGAUCAACGAGCUAAGCGGCCAACAGAUAUACUCGGACAUAUCGAAGACCCUGGAGCGGUACAAGUCCAUCAUACAGAUGAUCAUGAACGGCCAGCACAAGUCGCAGGCCCAGAAGAUCCCGCACGCACGUCUCGAAGACGAAAUGGCCAUACUGGACACGAAGCUGGAUCACUGGGCCACCAACAAUCUGCCACUGGACAAGUACAGCAAGUUGCUCAGCAACAAGGGUCUCAAGAAGCGGGAGCAGCAGCAACAACAGCAGCAGCAGCAACACCAACAGCAGCAACAACAACAGCAGCAGCAGCAGCAGAAUGGCAACGGCAUCGGUGGCAACUAUCCAAGUAGCAGCAGCAGCUCCAGCACCGGCAGCAGCAGCACCAUGUCCAGCUCCAGCACGAGUCUCUACAAGACAAACGAUCUGCUGGCUGCCAUGAAGCUAACCGCCGGCAAGCACCCGCCUGGCGAGGGAUCUGUCACGGGAUCUGGCUCGGAUCAAGGCGAUCAGACGACGCCCUCGACCACCUGUAGCUACUGCGCCAUUACUUUCCAGACGAGAAACGAGCUGCGCCAGCACUGCCAGACGGAGGCCCACCAGAAGGUUAUAAUGAGCGAUGAGGGCCGCGACUGGAAGUGGCGACCCCCGCCCCGAGGCUACACCCUGGACACCUACUCCCUGUGCGAGACGUUUAGCGAGGCGCACACCUGCCACUAUGGGGCGCAGUGCGUGGAGGCCCACGGCCAGGACGAGCUGAACGAGUGGAAGGAGCGCUUCGAAUACCGGCGGAUGCGCGUUCAGAAGGCCUGCGAAAAGGAGCUGUACGGCAAGUCGUACACGGAGCAGGUGCUGGAGCGAUGGAUACAGGCGACGGCGCCGGAACGGGUGAUGUGCGAACGAGUGCCGGACAUGGAGGCGCACUGCGAGCAGCAGCUGGUGACCAGCAUCAGUUCGAAAACCUCAAAGCGGGAGUGGCUCUUCCAGCUGGAGACCAAGAAGCCGCUGAAGGCUGUGGCCCUUCUGCAGGAUGCCCAUCGCAACCACUUCGCCCUGAAGAGCAUCAAACAGAGCAAGCCCACGGAGUCUGCCAUGGAGCUGAAGUCUGACCAGGAAUGGGUGUCAGGAGGUUCUUCCGCUCCGGCAGAAGCCGCUGGCGAGGAGGCUGCCACGCUAACCCACGAGAUUACGGUGGAGUUCCACACGGAGAUCUACGGCACAUUUCGGCAGGCCAUCUGCUUCGACGUGGGUCAGGAGCCCCUGCUGGUCCGCCAUCUCUGCGUGGAUGUGUUGCCCGUGAACGAUGCCGAGAAGAUCGAGGAGAUCAAGCGGGACAUCAUCAACAGCUCGGCCACGCGCUGGGAUGUCGCCAACACGCAGUUGACGCGCUUCGAGACCACCAUCGGCACGCACCUGAAAACCGAAGCGUAUCUGAGCGAUCUCGAGCACGAACGGGAGCUGUUGGAGCGGUAUCCAUGCCCCCGGGCAGCCACCUUCACCCUGACGCAGUCCACCAUCCUGGAGAAGCGGUUGACACAGAACAACUACCGCUCCCGCACCCACGAGCUGCUCAACGUGGAGGAGAUCGCCCGCUACGAACAGAUAGCCAGGUACAAUGUGAGAACCAGGCUGACGGUGGCUUCCAACUACAUCCUGACGCCGGCCGGGAUGGCCACCAGCACGGCCAAGUACUCUCUGGCCGGCGAGCUGUUCGCUCUGAUGCGUCUGGGCAAGGACAUCUCCGAGGACACGUCCCCCGGCCGUCUCAUUCUGUCGAACUGCAGCAGCGUGUACAUCUCCAAGCCCGAGGGCACAGAGUCCAAGGCGGAUCAGCUGCGUCCCGUCUACGAGGCGCUCAUCGAGGACAAGGGAAAGAAUGUCAUCUACCUGAAGCUCUCGGCCAAGUGCGUGGAGGCGAUGGCUCUGCAGGCGGACACGGAGCUGGACGUGGACAUACAGUUCCAGCUAAAUCGGAUGCCCUACUGCGAGUGGCACAACGCGGUGGACAAGAUCACCGACUUCCGGCUCAUAUUCCCCGCCACGGAGCUGGAGCCGAGUAUUCCGUGGACGCCCAAGAAGCAGUGGGCGGAUGCCUGUGAGCCGAAGCUGAAUGCCAAGCAGAGGGAGGCGGUGAACGCCAUCACCACGGCACUGAGCAUCAAGCUGCCGCCGAUUCUGCUGAUUGGUCCCUUUGGAACUGGGAAGACGUACACCCUGGCGCAGGCAAUUAAGCAACUGCUGGCCCAGCCAGAGGCCAAGAUCCUGAUCUGCACGCACUCCAACUCGGCUGCCGAUUUGUACAUCAAGGAGUACCUGCAUCCGUGGAUCGAAGAGGGCCUCGAGGAGGCCACACCGCUGCGAGUCUACUACCACAAGAGGUGGUCGGCCACCGUGAACAGUGUGGUCCAGAAGUACUGCAUCACCGACGGCGUCGGUAACUUCAAGCGGCCGAGCGUUGAGGAUAUCAUGCGGCACAGGAUCGUGGUGGUGACACUGAGCAUCAGCAUGGAGCUGGCCACCCUGGGCCUGCCGAAGGGACUCUUCACCCACAUCUUCCUCGACGAAGCGGCCCAGGCGAUGGAGUGCGAGGCCAUUAUGCCGCUGGCGCUGGCGAACGAUUCCACGCGGAUCGUGCUGGCGGGAGAUCACAUGCAGAUGAGUCCGGAGCUGUUCUCGGCCUUCGCCAAGGAGCGCAAGCUCCACAUAUCCCUGCUGGAGCGACUCUACGACCACUAUCCAUCGAACUUCCCCUGCAAGAUCCUGCUCUGCGAGAACUAUCGCGCCCACGAGGCCAUCAUCCGCUUCACCUCGGAGCUGUUCUACGAACAGAAGCUGGUGGCCUCCGGCAAGCAGCCGAAGCACGAGCGCUUCUAUCCCCUGACGUUCUUCACCACCCGGGGCGAGGAUGUCCAGGACAAGAACUCGACGGCCUUCUACAACAACGCCGAGGUGUACGAGGUGGUGGAGCGGGUGUCGGAGCUGCGGAAGAGAUGGCCCAGUGCCUGGGGAAAGCUGAAUGACACGAGCAUCGGCAUCAUGACGCCCUACGCGGAUCAGGUGUUCCGCAUCCGAUCCGAGCUGCGGAAACGGCGCAUGGGCGGCAUAUCCGUGGAGCGAGUUCUCAAUGUCCAGGGCAAGCAAUUCCGAGCGGUCUUCCUGUCCACGGUGCGCACCCGCAGGACCUGCAUGCCCCAGGGCAGUGGACCGGGCGCCGCCUCCUCGGCCAGCAUUGGCGAUGCGGACACGGACUACGGUUUCCUGAGCAACUCGAAGCUCCUCAACACGGCCAUCACUCGUGCCCAGUCGCUGGUGGCGGUGGUGGGUGACCCGGUGGCUCUCUGCUCGAUCGGACGCUGCCGGAAGGUUUGGGAGCGCUUCAUCGAGAUCUGUGACGAGCACAAGUCGCUGUUCGGUCUCACCUGGUCGAACCUCCGAUCCCAGUUGGACGGCGUGGAGCUGAAGAGAGGCUAUGUCCUGAAUCCGCUGGCGCCCGAGUUUGUGCCGCGAUCCCUUCAGCCGGAGGCCUACCUUAGGGAGCAGGCGGCUCUCUACCUGAACGGGCCCCAGCAUGGUCAUGGCGGCCACGGUCCACCAGGGCCGCCGGCCCACUUUGCCACUGCCGCUGGAAUGCUAGGACCUGGCCCGGCGGCGGCUGCCCACCAGAUGAACCAAAUGGCAGCCGCCAUGGCCGCCAAUCACAUGUACUCCAUGAUGGCGGCCGCCGCAGUGGGCGGAAAGAUCGGCAACGGCCCGGGACCAGGAGCAGGACCGGGAGGACCCGGCUCAGGACCGCCCCCGCACUUUGGUAGUGGAGGGGGAGGAGGAGGCGGCGGCGGCGGGCAUAUGGGCAUGCGAGGACCACCGCCUCAGGCGCCCCAUUUGCGGGGUAUGCCGGCUGGAGGACCACCGCCCAGUCAGCCGCCCGGAGGAGGAGCAGGCGGAGGAGGACCACCACCACCGCCAUAUGGACAGUACCCGGCUAUGCAGCACUGGCGGCCACCGCAGCAGGGACAAAACCAAGGUCCCGGGCCGGGGCAACAGCCCCAGAACCCGAACGCCAGCCUGUGGGGACCGCCGCCGCAAACCAAUCCCUGGAGCGCCCUGCCGCCCAACAAGCAGCCACAGCAACCGCCACCACCGCCAGUCAGCAACGCUGGACGAGGACCACCGCUCAACGCGAAUCCAUCGCUGCCACUCCGAGGCGGCAGUGUUCCGCCUCCGCCGCCGAACGCCUCGGCUGCCGCCCAGCUGCUGAGGAAUCCCAGUGAGCUGGGCUACCUGGCCAAGAAGACCCUCUACAACCAUGGUCAGGCGCCGCCCCAUCACGGACUCUAUGGCCUAGGGCCGCCACCCAACCCAUCGCAGCAGCAGCAACAGGCGCAGCCGAUGGGCGGUGGAAUGCAGCGGGGGAGCAGUGUGCCCAAUGGACCGAUGUCGCCGAUGGAGAACGGUCCUCCGCCCUAUUUGCGGCACAACGGCAGUGGCUACAAUCCGGGUGGACCUCCGCCGCCACCGUCGCAGCAGCAACAGCCGCCCGGGCCAAAUCACUUCAUGUACGCCGGCAAGCAGCCGUCACCGAGCUCCAUGAGAUUCCAGGAACUUUUGCCGCCGAACGUGAGCAUCUACGAGAUGGCGUUCAAUCCGAAGGAGGAGCAAUACAAGUGGUACCUAAAACUCCUGGAGACAGUGGGUCAGGACGGAGCCAACAAGUUUGCGGACAUGCUUCGCCAGGUGAUGGCCACUCUGCAACAGCAGCAGCAGCAGCAACAACAACAGCACAAGCCGCCGCAGCAGCCGAUGGUGAACAAUCCCAUGCUGAACAAUCCGCAUGUCCAGCGGCCGCAGUACCCGAUGAUGUAUCCCCAGCAGCAGCAGCAACAGCAGCCGCAGCAGUCCGUGGAUGCUUCUCCGCCGCUGGAGAACUUCAAUCAGCAGAUCGAUUUGGUCUUCAACUCCAUCAUGAAUGGUGGCAACGACAUAGCACAGCCGAUUCUAAGGGAUGUCUUGGGCAUGGUGGCGGGCAGCACCGGCAAUCCCAACGGUCCUCCGAUGAGCAAUGGCCUCAAUGGCGCCGAUCUCCAACAGCAGCAGCAGCAAAGCCGCCUGUUCGCCAUGAUGCAGCAGCAGCAACAGCAACAACAGCAGCAGCAGCAACAACAGCAGCAGCAGCAGCAACAAGGGAAGCCACCACAGGGUCCAGGUGGUCCAGCACCACCCGGACCAUUGUAUCCCAAUCAUAUGGGCGGGCCGGGCCUCCACCAGCCGCCACCGCCCAACGGCAGUGGCAAUAGUCUGGGCGGCGUCGGGAACUCCAACUUCAUGGGCAAUGCUGGAAGUGCUCUUCUCAACGACAAACCGUUCAACAACCUGAACAUGCAUAACAACUUGGCUGCCAGCGGAGUUGGAGGACUGGGAAUCGGUGGCGGAGGAGUCGGUGGUCACAACGGAGGACACAACAACAACAACAACGGACUGCUGAGCAAUGGCAACAGCUCGGUGCCGCUGUAUCGCCGGCAGGCACUGGCCGGGAACGGAAUCGGUGGCGGGAACAGCUACAACAACAUGCCGGGCCUGAACUCGGGCACCAACCUGAUCGAAGCCCUCUUCCAGGCCAACAACUCGCUGGUGGACCAUGGGAUCAAGUCGUCGGAUCACAUGCACGGCGUGCUCUUCAACAACUUCAAUGCCCUGAAGGGCGGCCACGACGUGGAUCUGUUCCAGGCCAAUAACCCCCACGCAGACGGUGCCAGCAAUCACCAUCAGCAGUCGGGCUCUUCCUCGGCGACCACAUAUGCGGCGGUAUUGAGUGGCGGUGGUGGACCGGCAGGACCCUCGCCGGGGCAAUCGCAGCAGGCCGGCGGAGUAAUCGGUGGGGCAGGAGGGGCGGUUGGCAAGUCCGGCCAGUCGGUGGGUGGUGGCGGCGGCGGUGGUGAUCUCCUCGAGAAGGAUCCCUUCGCCGCCAUCAGGGAACUGGGCCAGGCCACGACGGGAUUCUACAACUAUUUUCAGUGAGAGUCGGCACUCUGCUCCUGCUGUGGCAUCAAAGGGCUUUAAUCUAAAGGAAAAAAAAGCAACAAAAAAAAAAAAAACAAAAACAAAAAACGAAAACGAAAAAAAAAACAGAAAAUUUAAUACAAAAAAAAAUUGAAAAAUUCAUAGAGAAACAAAAAAACGUAAAAAAUAUCCCAGAUAAUGGGAAGAAAACGGAAACGGAAGCGGAAGCGAAAAAAACGAAAAACGGAAAAGAGAAAAGAAAACAAAAACGAAAAAAGAACUGCUUGUUAAUUAUAGUUGCCUCCCCCCCACACAACCCCCAACCCUCCCCCUAUCCUUAUUUUUGCUUUCAUUUUAAUUGCAAAUUAUUUAGUUACGGUAGCCUUAAGUUUAACGUGUGAAUUAUUAUAAUUAAUUAAUAAUAUAUACAUACCUAUUUAGGUAAUUUUUAGUGUUUACUAAAAGUUUUGCCCAAAUGCCGCAGCAGGAAUUUCUUUUUCGCCGACCCAUAUCCUGUUUGUCCCUAUAUCCUUUUCCCGCCACCCAUGCCCCCCUCCCCCCAGUUCUCCCUGCAUCCAACGGGUUGCUCUGAGCAGCCCAGUUAAAAAAAAAAAAGAAAAUAAAAUUAAAAAAUAAAAUAUUAUGCCUAUACAAGAAACAACCUUAUUCAUUAGACUCUUGAAACGAAAAAAAGGAUAAAAUGAGCAAAAAAAAAUUACAAAAAAAAGAACAAAAAAAAAUAAAAGUCAACAUAAAAAAUAAAAAAUAAAAAAAAAAAUAAAGAGAUAAAUAUGUAAUAACUAUAAACUGCAGAAUGCAUAGUUAGCUUUAGAUUGUAAGAUAAUUCAAGAACAUUUGUAUUGUAAAUUUUUUCUAUUUUUAGUGCCGUAGCUCGUGGGAGCUACGUGAACCUUCAGUUCUUUCUGCCUUUUCAGUUAUCUAUUGUAACACUUUCAAUUUGUACAGCAGUUGACUAUUCAAAAAAUACAAAAAAUAACAAAAAAAAAAAAACAUGAAAAAAAACUAUUAACAAAAAUCAUUAAAAAGUGAAAAAAUUUGUCAUGCACUCAAAUAUAUAAAUUAUUAUCCUUAUUAAUUGUAACUUCUGAUUAUAUACCUAAUAUAUAUAUUUGAUUAUAUAUAUUUAAUGGCUAUAAGGGAUAUUGUGUACGAAUUAAAAAAUACCUAAAUACGAUAUAUAUAAUAUGCUGAUAUAUAUUUAAAUUGUGCACGAGUUAUUUGUUCCUUUGCCCAUUCGAAAUUGUCGAUGUGUGUGUAAAUUAUAUUACGAUUGUUGAUCCCUAAGCCCUAGCCUCCCCCCAUUUUUGCAGCCAUCAUCCCGCACGAUCAGCCACCCAGCCACCCCCAUCUCCUCGAGAUCUCCACUUUCUCCCACCCACACACCCAUUGUUUGGCCCCCACUUUCUGAUGACUGGUUUAAACUGUAAACGAAUCGAAAGAAAUGCAAAACAAACAAAAAAAAAUAUACGAAAUUUUCGAUAAGAGUAUUUAACCGAUCUUUGAGUUUUAUCGUAGUAUUUUGGCUAGCGACUUGGAUAGCAUAUACAUAUUAACUAUAUAUACCUGUAAUUAUUUAACCAAUUGUAACGCAUAACUAAACAACAACAAAAAUAAGGAAAAACAAGAACGAAAUUUAAAUUUAAUAAACAAACAAAAUUGUACUUUUAA